AUGAGACAGCGGAGAGGCAGGCAAGGCAGGAAUGAAGUCAAGAUCUACGAUAGAAUUAUUGAAGGUAGUGUAAAAACCUGGGAGACGGACAUAGACCUGCAGUGUAUCAGCCUCGGACAGGACCUAUUGGCGAGUCUGGACGGGGAGAUCACGUUAAGCCGGCUCUGGGGACAGGACGCCGACACGGAGGGCAGCCCCAACCCACCACGGAGCAAGUCGCCACAACCACUCUGGUUUGGUGAAGAAGAAACAAUAGAAGUAGACCCUUUAGACUCGAACUCGUUUAAAGAAAGCAAGAAGGAGCAGAGCCCGAAGCCAGCAGAUGCCUUACUGAAGGACCUGCAGUCUACCGUGAGGGAAGCCAAGACCAAGAUAGGGGAUCUACAGGUGGAGCACAAAGUUGGCUUAGAUCUGCCCUGCAAGCAAAACUCCAGUGAUGAGGCAGCCGGCAUGAUGGAAGGUCUCCUGGACUUCGGUAUAGCUGGUCUGAAGAAGGGACUGCGUUUCACUGGCCUCAGCGACGAUUCGGAUAAGUCGCCCUCCCAUCAUCGCGAGCGUCCUGGCGACAAGGCUUCCCCUCCGGAGUCACGCAGCAAACAUGUUGUAGAACAUAAGGACCAUGGCAAUGGACAGCGAGAUGAGAACAACGUGCCUCCUUUGGUGAAGCAGCACCGAGUCACUUCCCAGGACAGCGUGCCGUCGCAGCCCCGUCCGGUUCCGUUACCGGAGCUCCCCCUGGCGCCGGUCCCCGACUCCCCCGAGCCGGAGUACGAGGAGGCGGCCGAUCUCUCCACCAGCAUCGCCAAGCUGCGCUGUCUGCUGCAGCAACGAGCUGAAACCAGCCCCAAGGCGGAGGAGGUGUGGUGGGAGAGUGCGGCGGAGACCCGCGGCCGCACGCAGCGCGCCCCCCCCGCGCACGGAGCGCACGUCGACACUGCCACGCUCGCCGAUGAGUACGAUAUGAAUAUGGAGCGCAACUCGUCGCCGGGACAGACGUCCAACAACAUGCAGCGACUUGACAAAUUGUUCCAGCGCACAGUGACGGGAGUGUUCAACUCUAUAAAGACGGCCGUGGGCGCUGAGGACGACCAGCCCGCGCCACGCGCGCCCCGGGAAUGGACCUACGUCUGCACCGCUGUAGACCUUAACGUGUGUGGCGCGGUGUGUCGCCUGGUGUGCGCGCGGCGCGGCGGCUGGCACGUGGACGCGGCGCUGGACUCGCUGGCGGACCUCGCCCCGCGCACCGCGCGCCGCCCGCACUCGCCAGACGACUUCGACGAGUGGUGCGCGGCGUGCGGCGGGAGCUGGUCGUGCGCAUGCGCGGUGGCGGCGGCGGCCGGCCUGGCGCACGCGCAUGUCGCGCACAAACUCGCCACGCUGCUACUGGCUGAUUUAGCAGAGUCUCUGCUGGACGCAUGGCUGGCGGACCUGGCGACCUGGCUCCGGAGGCAGGUGUUCGUGAUCUUUGAGCAACUGUCGGAGAGUGACGAUGACUUCUUCCAGGACACCUCGCCCAGGGAACUCGAUGUAGACGAGACAUGUACUGCAUUGUUGGAGAAUACACCAGCUCUACUAUACGUGUUUGGAGAAGAGACACUGUCCCAGGCCAUCAGACUAGUUGUGACCAGCUUUACGCACAAGGAAGUCAACAUGGACGUCAUCUUCAGAGUCUUGGACCUUUUCGCCGGAAACUUCAAGAAGUCGGCCGGACUUAGGAUCCCUUCGUUUGAUAGCAAUUAG